GUCACGGCCCGCGGCGCCCAAGCACAGCUCCCGGCCCGAGCGCGGCCAUUGUGCUCGGCGGCCUCGGCCUCAAGGCCUGGUGGGCGUAGCGGCAGCGCUGAGAGGGCCUCCAAGACGACACCCCCUGCCUUCGGAUAAUGUGUUUUAAUGUUGCGAAACAAAUAGGGUAAAGACUUGGGUUUCUCUCCUCAGCAAGCGAAGGAGACAAGCACGAAAAGAACCCAGCAGCUUUCUAAAACGAACUUUUCCAACAACAAUGAUUUCCGUGCUCUUCUGCAGUCUUUGUAUGCUACUUUUAAGGAGUUCAAAAUGCAUGAGCAGAUCGAAAAUGAAUACAUUAUCGGUUUGCUUCAACAACGCAGCCAGACCAUUUAUAAUGUACAUUCUGACAAUAAACUCUCUGAGAUGCUUAGCCUCUUUGAAAAGGGACUGAAGAAUGUUAAGAAUGAAUGUGAGCAGUUAAAUUAUGCAAAACAGCUGAAAGAGAGAUUGGAGGCUUUUACAAGAGAUUUUCUUCCUCACAUGAAAGAGGAGGAGGAGGUUUUUCAGCCAAUGUUAAUGGAAUAUUUUACCUAUGAAGAGCUUAAGGAUAUUAAGAAGAAAGUGAUUGCACAGCACUGCUCUCAGAAGGACACUGCGGAACUCCUUAGAGGUCUUAGCCUGUGGAAUCAAGCUGAGGAGCGACAGAAGUUUUUUAAAUAUUCUGUGGAUGAAAAGUCAGAUAAAGAAGCAGAAGUGUCAGAGCAAUCCACAGGUAUAACCCAUCUUCCUCCUGAGGUAAUGCUGUCAAUUUUCAGUUAUCUUAAUCCUCAAGAAUUAUGUCGAUGCAGUCAAGUAAGCACUAAAUGGUCUCAGCUCGCAAAAACUGGAUCGCUUUGGAAACAUCUUUACCCUGUUCAUUGGGCUAGAGGUGACUGGUAUAGUGGUCCAGCAGCUGAACUUGAUACUGAACCUGACGAGGAAUGGGUGAAAAACAGAAAAGACGAAAGUCGUGCUUUUCAGGAGUGGGAUGAGGACGCUGAUGUAGAUGAGUCUGAGGAGUCUGCCGAAGAAUCGAUUGCUAUCAGCAUUGCACAAAUGGAAAAACGUUUACUUCAUGGCUUAAUUCACGAUGUUCUACCAUAUGUUGGUACUUCAGUAAAAACUAUAGUAUUAGCAUACAGCUCUGCAGUUUCCAGCAAGAUGGUUAGGCAAAUUUUAGAACUUUGUCCUAACUUGGAGCAUCUGGAUCUUACCCAGACUGACAUUUCAGAUUCUGCAUUUGACAGUUGGUCUUGGCUUGGUUGCUGCCAAAGUCUUCGGCAUCUUGACCUGUCUGGAUGUGAAAAAAUCACAGAUGUGGCUCUAGAGAAGAUUUCUAGAGCCCUUGGAAUUCUGACAUCUCAUCAGAGUGGCCUUUUGAAAACUUCUACGAGCAAAAUUACUUCGACUCCAUGGAAGAAUAAAGACAUUACCAUGCAGUCCACCAAGCAGUAUGCUCGUUUGCACGAUUUAACUAACAAAGGCAUCGGAGAAGACAUGGAUAACGAACACCCCUGGACUAAGCCCGUUUCUUCUGAAAAUUUCCCUUCUCCGUAUGUGUGGAUGUUAGAUGCUGAAGAUUUGGCUGAUAUUGAAGAUGCUGUAGAAUGGAGACACAGAAAUGUUGAAAGUCUUUGUGUAAUGGAAACAGCAUCCAACUUUAGUUGUUCCUCCUCUGCCUGUUACAGUCACGAUAUUGUGGGACUAAGGACUAGUGUCUGUUGGCAGCAGCAUGGCGCUUCCCCGGCCUUUGCAUAUUGCGGUCAUUCGUUUUGUUGUACAGGGACAGCUCUGAGAACUAUGUCAGCGCUCCCAGAGUCUUCUGCAUCGUGUAAAAAAGCAUCAAGGACUAGACUGCUCAGAGGAAAAGACUUAAUUUACUCUGGGAGUGAAAAAUCUGACCAAGAGACUGGACGUGUACUUCUGUUUCUCAGUCUGUCCGGAUGUUAUCAGAUCACAGAUCAUGGUCUCAGGGUUUUGACUCUGGGAGGAGGGCUGCCUUAUUUGGAGCACCUUAAUCUCUCUGGUUGUCUUACUGUAACUGGUGCAGGCUUGCAGGAUUUGGUCUCAGCAUGUCCUUCUCUAAACGAUGAAUACUUUUACUACUGUGACAACAUUAACGGUCCUCAUGCUGAUACCGCCAGCGGAUGCCAGAAUUUGCAGUGUGGUUUUCGAGCCUGCUGCCGCUCUGGCGAAUGACCCUUGACUCCUGAUCUUUGUCUACUUCAUUUAGCUGAGCAGGCUUCCUUUCAUGCACUUUACUUAUAGCACAUUUCUUGUGUUAACCAUCCCUUUUUGAGUGUGACUUGUUUUGGCCCCAUGUCUUACAGCCUCAGAAAUCUUAACUUACCAGUGAAUUGUACAGUGUUGUUUCUCUUGCAAUCAUAUUUUUGUUUUAGAAAGGGAUUAGAUCUUUUCAUUAGGGUGAGAACAGUUUUAUUGGUUUUCUUUAAAUGGAAUGCUUUGAAAAGAAUGUCACUAAUGCCAUGCCAUUUGAAGUAUUUUUUAGAUUAAUUUGAGUUUUAAAGUCAAUGGGGGUUAUUGGUUCUCUUUAUAUAUAAACACUGUACCAAGCUUUGCAGAUCCUUUCAAACAUACAUUUCUGAAGUUUUAUUUUCAAAGAUAGCACAUUUUGAAAACCAGUCUUUUUUUCCCCAUGUUUCCUUUAUUUGAACAAUUCUCAGAGGGCCAAUUCAAACAUACCCAUAUAUAAGGUUCCUUAAGAUAAUAGAAUAAAUUGGCUUCUUUGUGUUAGCUCAGUGAGCUAGCAAAGCACCAAUGUAUUUGUAUUUGCUUUCUUCAGAUACUCCUGGUUCCUACCACUGUCCCUAAAUUGUCAAAUUUGGAAGGGAUUUUUAAAAAUUCCACAAUCCUUUGAAGAAAUGUAUCAAUAAAAUUUACUUUGAGGACUUUACCAAAUAAUUUUUUGGUGUUUUGAUUUUAUUAGAAAUCUCAAUUCACAUUUACAUUAGUGUAAAAUAAGAUUAAAUAUUUUGUUUUGAGCUCCCAUGAAGUCAUGAUCCUGGCAGUUUUAGACAGAUACCUAAUUUUGUUUAGCUGAAUGGUCUUUUUUGAAAUUAUUUGUGCAGUAGCCAGAAUUUGUGUAUGUCUAUCUCCAUUGCUGUGUGAAAAGACAGUGGGAGUGGGAACCUAUCAUUCAGAAAAACACAUACUGAAUCAGUUUUUUAAAAAAUGUUUAUUUAUUUUAUUUUUUUUUAAAUUUUUUUUUUUAACAUUUAUUUUAUUUUUGAGACAGAGACAAAGCAUGAAUGGGGGAGGGUCAGAGAGAGGGAGACACAGAAUCUGAAACAGGCUCCAGGCUCUGGGCUGUCAGCACAGAGCCCGACGCGGGGCUUGAACUCACGGACCGCGAGAUCAUGACCUGAGCCGAAGUCGGCCGCUUAACCGACUGAGCCACCCAGGCGCCCCAAAAUGUUUAUUUUUGAGAGAGAAAGAGUGCUUGAGCAAGCAUGAGCAGGGGAGGGGCCAAGAGGAGGGGGUGGGGUGGACAGAGGAUCCCAAGUGAGCUCUGUGCUGACAGCAGAGAGCCCGAUGUGGGGCUUGAACUAAUGAACUGUGAGAUCAUGACCUGAGCUGAGGUUGGACGCUUAACUGACUGAGUUCCCCAGGCGCCCCUGAAUCAGUUUUCUGUAAUGUGCUGUAUAAUGUUGUGUCCAAAAAAGAACAGUCGGCAGCAUGCCAUCCAUCUGCUGUUGGAAAUACGUGCAAGUCUGUGGAAGAGGAAGCAGUCUUGCAGUCUUGUUACUUGUGGUCCCAGGCGUUCUUUUGUUUGUUUUAUUGAGGGACAGGAGGACUAGGAAAGAUACAAACUACAGCAGACAGAUUUCAGUUCAGGCGAAGAGAAGACUAUGUUAGACAGCUGUCUAAAGAUGAAGGAAGAAUCAUUUGAUGAGAAAUCCACCCAUUCUUUUAAGUCUCACUAUCAUUUGAAUUAAACAUGGCAGGGGAGACCCACCUCUUGGGGCGUGGCUAUGAUAAUGACUCCGAAGUUUUCCCUCUUGUCAGGGUUCUCUCCUUGUGUCACAGUUGACACUUGCAAAAUGUUUCUUGCAUGUGGGAAAAGACAGCUGUGUAAGCAGACCAUCUUACUUGUUUGAGCUUGUACCUCUUAGGUGGUUCCGUGGCACCUGGUCACCUCCUUUAAAGGUCUGGCCUAAGCACAAAGAAGUGACUUCUUGAUUCCCUUAGCUUGAAAGGAAAUCUGAGCUUAGCACUUACAGGAUCUGAAGUUUUAUUUUGUAAGGUUGAUUCUCUUGUAGUUACUGUAUUUUUAUUUCCUUAAGUGUUUAAUAAACCUGAUUUGAGCAGUUCCCAUCAGGGACCAUUUCAGUAAAACAAACUACGAGAAUUCUUCUGGAGUGAGUCCAUCCAACCCCAACUGCAUCUCGUCUGUAUUUACAUGAAUCGUAAGUAAAAUUACUCAUCUGGACUCCUGGCCCUGAGUAAUCAAGUGAUGAGUAAAGUUUAUCCUCCAUGUAACCACAGAACAGUAUACUAUUUGGGGAGGAGAAAUUUUGAUAACACUUACAGGGAAAAAAUCAUGAUUCAUUGUUGCAGAACUUGACUUAAAUGUUCUCCUUUUCAGUUAAUUAAUUUGAGCGGCUAAUUUCCUCAGGGGUACCAGGUAAUUGAGGUGUCUCCCUUUGUCCUGUGCUUCUUGAUAUUAGCAAACCAUUAAAUAGGCCUUGGCAGUCUUGGGCUAAAUGGACUUCGGUGUGUCAGCACGUUGUUAUAUGGAGACUCACUGUUUUCCUACUCUACCUCUCCUUUAGUUGCAUGGGGAGAUAGACAACAUGAGUUAUAUCUAAUUUUUAUACAUUAACUUCAGGGGAUACUUAUUUAGUAUUUGAUGAAACACUAUAUAUACUUGUUUUACAUUUACCUUGGGUUUUGUAAUUGAUUUCACAAAUUAUUGGGACUGUUCAUUCUUAGAAUAAAAUACAAGUUGAUGUAAAAUGCCUUGGGGUGCCUGACAUCAGGUGCUCAGUCAGUGCUGGGUGGUGUUUUAAGUACCUAUACUUACAUAUACUGACUUGUUUAAACAGUGCGACGAAGUAAGUCAUGUGAUCAUUUUGAUCUUAUGGGGAAAAUAAGUAGCAGAGAGGUUAACUUGUCCGUGGAUUACCCUGGUAAUGACUGUUAGGGGUCAGUCUUUGAACUCUCCCUUAAGAGUUCAUAGUUGAGUUAUCAGGGGCCUGUAAAUACAUAAUUGUGAUAUAAUUUGAUAGAGGAAGGCAUAAGGGAGUAAAGCAAAAGGUGAAAGUUUUUCCUUAAUUGGUCCCUCUUUAUUUUUAUUUUUAUUUUUUUUUAAGUGAUUCCAGCUCAUCACUGGUUCUCAACUGGAGGCAGUUGAUCCCACAGAGGACAUUACACAACAUCUGGAAAUAUGUUUGGUUGUCACGUCUUGGCAGAGUUGGCAGGAAGGGAUACAACUGGCAUCUAGUGGGGAGGGCUCAGGGGUGCUGCUAAACAUCCUCUGAUGAACAGGUCCGCCCUCCGCAGCCACACACUACUUGGCCAAGAAUGUCAGUAGUGCUUCUGCUGAGAAAUCCUGCUUUAUGUAUUUCUGUUUUGUGUACAUCUUUCCAUGUUAGCACAUACAUUUAAUACCUUAAAAAAUUUUUUUUAAAUGUUUUUAAUUUUUGUUAAAAAUUUUUUAAAGUUUAUUUAGUUUUAGAGAGAGAGUGCAUGUGCACAAGCUGGGGAGGGACAGAGAGAGGGAGACAGAACCCGAAGCAGUCUGCAGGCUCUGAGCUGUCAGCGCAGACCCCACAUGGGGCUCGAACUCCCAGAAUGCGAGAUCCUGACCUGAGCCAAAGUCAGAUAGCCGAAGUCAGGUGCUCAACCAACUGAGCCACCCCGUUGCCCCUUAAUGUUUAUUUUUGAGAGAGAGAGAGUGCAAGCAGGGCUGGGGCAGAGACAGAGGGAGACCAAGGAUCUGAAGCGCACUCUGUGCUGACAGCAGAGAGCCUGAUGCAGAGCUUCAACUCGUGAACUGGGAGAUCAUGACCUGAGCUGAAGUCUGAUGCUUCACAGACUAAGCCACCCAAGCACUCCUACCUUUAAUCCUUUUAAUGGCUUACUAUAGUAGUGUCUGUGUCUGUCUUAGUCUGUUUGGGUUGUUAUAACAGUGGUGGGUGGCUUAAACAACAUUUAUUUCUCAUAUAUCUGGAGGCUGGGAAGUCCAGGCUUAGUUAAGGUGCUGGCAGAUCUGGUUUCUGGUAAGGGCUGUUUUUCUGGUGUGCAGACCGCCCUCUUCUCAUUGUAUCCACACAUGGUCUAAAGAAAGGAAGCAGACUCUCUCCUCUCUCAUGAUGGUGUUCAUCCCAACACAGGGCCUCCACUCUCGUAACCUCCCAGAGGACCUAUCUCCAAAUACCAUUACAUAGGGGAUUUGGGUUUCAAGACAGGAAUUUUGUGGGAUCACAAACGUUCGGUCCAUAGCCAUGUCUUAAUUUCUUAAAUGGCUUCCCUUUUGGUGCAUGUUUAAGUAUAUUUCUUUUUUCCCCCCUAAAAUACUAUAUUGCUUCAGUAGGAGUGUGUGUGUGCGUGUACGUGUGUGCACAUUUGUGUACUUGUGCAUGUUUGCUCAGUAUUUCUGUAGGAUAAGGUCUUAAGGUAUUUGGCAUUAAACAUAAAAACUCCGUAUUGCAAAGUUGUUCCUCUUUCCCCCAGAAAAGUUGUGUUGUUUUGCUGGAUCUUAAAAGUGUAAUGGUAUUCUGCUGGACAGGCAAAGAGGAAGGGCUUUCCAAGUGGAAGGUAAGCACAGUGGCAUAGGUAGGAAGCCUAUUAGUGUGAGGGGAACUGUGGGUAGCCUGAAUUGAAUUGAGGGUCAGGGUGGCAGAAGGCAAGACAGACUACUAAAUAAAAACAUUUAUUUUGAAAACGAUCAUUUUAUUUCAUUAUUUACAAAUAAUUUCUUCCUUCUGAUGUGAUGAGUAUCACUUAAGAUUAUUGUCCUAUGAAAUAGUUUCUACAUGAUAUAAAAAGUAUACGAUGAAAAAAGUUACCUGUUGCGUAUGAGAGAGGCAACAUAGAUCCAAACAGACAAAACAUUUUUGGGGUAUGGGUGGAUAUAUACAGCUAAAGCAAAUUCAACAUUAGGAACAUCAAUAUUAUGUACUCCAGUGCUAUAUACUGCUUCAAUUAAAGGCUUCAGUUCAGAAUAGGGCAUGUGAAGGGGAAAUCCAGAGAACUGAAGGAAAAAAACACAACCAAGAUUUGUGGUCAUUAGUGAAGCUUGAAGAUUUCAUUAUAUUUUUUCUUCCUGUAAACAUAACGCAAUUCUUAAUUCUCUUGUCUUCUCCUGCGUCUCAAAGUCACUUGUUUAGUUCUGCUCUUCUAUUCAACUAUAUAUUAGCAAUACAUAAAAUGGAGAGGGGCCAGAUGGCUCUUUUGUUUAGUUGCUAGUAUACUGGUGUAUAAGACAGCUGUUAACACCCAGCCACCCUCCACUUCCUUUCCCUCUGCCUGAUAGCCCCGAGUUUGUGUGGUAACCCAUGUAUUUCCAGGGACCUGGAUGCAGCUAAUCAACUCUCUCUGUGGCCACGCUGACUGAUCUGUCAAAGUGAGUCUCAGGAAACUGGAUAGGAAUAAUGGCACACAGAUGCUCUCGCCUGCUCUGCACAGUGUGUGUGCAGACGUGAGUCCUGCCCUGGAGCUGUUCCGCUAUUGGAUACCAUGAAAACAGCGAGCCCAACACCGCUGCGCGGUGGAGGGCAGGGUGGAAAGACUUCAAGAAGUCUGGUGCACUCUGAUACUGUGACUUAAAUAAGCCAGUGAAUUCUUUUCAUUGCCCAAGACUGAAUUACGUGUUUUGUUCUUUGAAGACAGCCUCGCUGAAAAGCUAGUUUUAGUCCAUGAAUAGAAUUAAAUGUCGAACUUGACGUCACGCUGUUCAGCCAACAAGGCUUACUGUCUUAGUUUGAGACUGCUUUCUAGGUUUUAUUAUCUGGCUGUAGGAUGUGAACACAGCACUACUGACAGGCAGGAAGGCACACGUAUAAUGAGAAUUUUCCUUUUUAAAAAUUUUUUUUAAAUUUAAUUUUGAGAGAGACAGAGCACAAGUGGGGGAGGGGCAGAGAGGGAGACACAGAAUCUGAAGCAGGCUGCAGGCUCUGAGCUGUCAGCACAGAGCCCGAUGCGGGGCUUGAACUCACGGACCGCGAGAUCAUGACCUGAGCCGAAGUCGGACAUUUAAUCGACUGAGCCACCCAGGCGCCCCUGGUUGGUUUCACUUUUAUGCACAGUUGAGCCUAAUAGGAUUUAGCCAGAUAUUUUAAUUGUAUUCAAGACUUUUGAAUGCAUUUUAUUUAAGGUAUUUUUCAUUGCAUUACUCUCUUAGCAUUUUCAGUGUCUAGAGGCAUUUUGCUGUUUAAUAAUAGCUUAAUUACUAAGAUGUGAACUUUUAAUUACAUCCUUUAGCCUAUGCUGCUACAUCUAUGUGCUUUGGAGAGCAGAGUCAGCAUUUUGAUUCCAAAAAUCCAUUACCAAGCAAUUUCCAAUUUGAAAUGCAGUCCACAGGCUCAGUUUAGAGCCAUUGCACUUACCCGGUAGUCUCCCAGCUGCUUGAGCAGCUCUCCUCUGUGGUCGUCUUCCACGUCCUCUCCUCGGCUUCUCUCUAACAGAGGCAGGAAGUGUCGUAGCGCGGAGGUGCAGUACCUGUUCCACCUGGUCAGAUGCCGUGGCCGCCAGUCCAUGAUUUUCUCUUUGAGUAUUUUUUCAAUCCUGUUUAUAAAAAAGAAGCUCCAUCUUUUGCUGAUUGGAUUCUGUCAGCAAAGGUACAGCUUGUAUACGGUGGGGAUUCAGGUGACAGGGUCAUUCACUAGGCACAUUUAUGUUGAAAGCCUUAACUCUCUGUAGGGCUGUUAAUGCCGCGUGUUGAUUCUUUACCCUGUGCUGUGAUUUCUGUUGAUGAGUAUUGUUUUCCUAGAUUGCCUCGAAACUGUUUUCAGAAAAGCCAUCCUCACUAAGCUUUAUAUCCUGUGGGUCCAGUACCUGUCAUAUUAGCUAUAAAGCAGGAUAUCAAAAAUUAAGUUUCAAACACAGAAUAAAGGAAAAUAGCUACCAUUUAUUGAGGCUUUUUUUUUUAACCAGGUACUGUGCAAAAUGCUUUUUUUUUUUUUUUUUUUUUUUUUAAUCCUAACAGUGACUUGGGGGCACCUUGGUGGCUUGGUUAAGCAUCUGACUUCGGUUCAGGUCGUGAUUUCACAAUCCGUGAGUUCGAAACCCACGUCGGGCUCUGUGCUGACAGCUGGAGCCUGGUACCUGCUUGGGAUUCUGUGUCUCCCUGUCUCUCUGCCCCUGUCCCACUCAUGCUCUCUCUCUCAAAAGUUAAUAAACAUUAAUCCUAACAGUGACUCUAUGGGUGGAUUUUACUUACCUGGGGACAGUUUGAAGUAGGAUAAGUGACUUGACAAUGGCAAGGGAGCUGGGGUUUGAGUCAAAACCCUGUCAAUUCUAAAGCCUCCUGUGUAUCCCUAACCAAACACAGAUUUAGGGAAUCAGCCAGCUCCCCACUGCUCAGUCAGUAGCUGUAGGAUCCACUUUUUGUUUGGCACAUUAUACAUAUUUUCAUUCUGGGUUUCAAGAUGGCCCGAGCAAGAGAGUAUGGGUGAAUUGCCACACACUUCAUCAGUAUUGGAAGAAUAAAUGAUGUGGGUCUAAUUAAUACAGUAUCCUGAAACCAUCAGAAGAAACAAAAAAGACUUUUGGGGGGAGUUAGUUGCUCUAGGUGGGGGUCUCCAGUAAGGCUUUAUAUAGACUUGAAAUUGAGAAUAAAUUGGUGUCUUCUAGUCGUAAUAACUUAAAAAGGGUCACAGUUAUUCUUGUGUGUUUGACAUGCUGCUCUUCACACAGCUUGAUACACUAGAAAGAGCACACAGGCUUUGAAAUCAGAAAGACCUGGCUGGGCACAGAAGCCCCCUCUAACACUUAACAAGUAUGCUGACCUCUCUGAACCUCAGUUUCCACAUUUGCAAAACUGGAAGAGUACGUUUUGUGUUACAGGGUUAUGAGGAUUAUGGGGACUUAAUAUACUUAAAUCUCAUAGAGACCAGCCUUCCCCAUGUGUUCGCUUUAUAAACUAGCUGCAGUUCAGUAAGCCACUAUUGGACAAAAGAGGCAUAUUUUAAGUUGAGGAUUAUGACAUGUCUGAACAGGAACCAUAACAACAUGAUGCUGAACUCUAAUCUGAGGUAAAGUUUUGGAAAACUACCUGUCAUUGCUGGAGCUCACUUCUGUUUGUUCCAUCCGCCCUUUGGGCUGUGGCAUUUAGAGAUCACAUCUGUAUUUGGUAUCUGUCUAUAAACAUGAACUAAAGUUUAACUGCUCAGAUUAUGGAUCCAGGCUGAGAAUUGUUUAAUUUGGGAUUACACUCCUAGUGACCGAUUGCAUGUGGAUUUAUGGGUAUUGUACGACCUGUCUUGUAGCUCAGCUGCGGCCGCUUUGUCUGUGCGCUGGUAAAUUAGUUCUUCUGGCUAUAAAAGAGGAAAUAGUUCAGAAAUUCCAGAAAAACACUUAACUUGAAUUUGAAUAGCUAUACAUCCUUUUCUAAAUCUUUUUAAAAAAGUUACGAAAUCUCAGACUUUCAGAUAUAGUAUAAUGGAUGCCAAUGUACCCAUGACCCACCUGAAGUACAAUAUCACAAAUAAAUUAUGGCGGUUUGGUUCUUUCUCAUUUUCAUCUCCUUUCUCAUCACAGAGAGAAAUUCAGAGGACCUGAAUUUGUUUUUUAGCAUUUUGGUUCAACAUACAACUACUGUGAGCCAGGCAUUUUUUUCAGGUGAUGGGUAUAUAGCCAUGAAUAAAAAUCCCUGCUCUCCUGGUGUUUACAUCACACCUGGUAGAAACAGGCAAGUUAAUAAAAUGUAUUUAUCACAGAUCUAUGUAUCCCCAAACAAUGUGUUGUUUUAGUUUGGGUAUUUUCUAAACUUUAUGUAAUAGUUUUUGUUUUUUGUUUUUUUUUUAAAGUAUAGUUGACACACAAUGUUCAUGAGUUUUAGGUGUACAACAUAGUGAUUGGACAAGUCUAUUUAUGCAAUAGUUUUAUACUGUGAAUAUGCAGCUUGCCUUUCCUCCCUUAACAUUACCUUUAGAGAUAAUAACAUACAUAUUUUUAGAGUGCUAAUAAGAUUUAUUGACAUUGAUUCAUUCGUGUAACUACUAUAAAAGAUUCCAUUACGGGGGCGCCUGGGUGGCUCAGUCGGUUAAGCGUCCGACUUCAGCUCAGGUCACAAUCUCACGUUCCGUGAGUUCGAGCCCCGCGUCGGGCUCUGGGCUGAUGGCUCGGAGCCUGGAGCCUGCUUCCAGUUCUGUGUCUCCCUCUCUCUCUGCCCCUCCCCCGUUCAUGCUCUGUCUCUGUCUCAAAAAUAAAUAAACGUUAAAAAAUUAAAAAAAAAAAAAAGAUUCCAUUAUGUACUAUAUGUAUUUUAUCUCAUCUAACUCCAGUUUUCAGGCUAGAAUCUUUCUAUGAAAACAGUCUUGUAUAUGUCACCUUGUACACAUGGAAGAAUUUCUCUAGAGCACUGUUUUUUAAACUUUUUGGAAAGGUCUGGAUCACAGUAAAAAAUAGAUUUUAUACUGCACACUCAGUAUACACACACACAUAUAAACAUGUAGCUAACAAAAGUAUUAGUAAACAAUUUUCAUGCUUACUACGUGACAAUCUUACUACAGCCAGGACCCUCUAAAUUAACUUUACGAGCCACUAGUGGCUCAUGCCCUGUGGUAUGACUUCAUGUUUUAAUAGCAGUCAUGAAAUCUGAUGAUUAAUUUAGUGAAUUGAGUCCAGCAUUUAAAAAAUUAAGUAGAAUAUAUUUUGUGGUACUUUAAUGUCCUGAGGCUCAUUAUAUCAAAAUUUGUUUUUCCACAUUUGUAUAUACUGGUUCACGAUAAUGGUGGUAAUUUCUUAUUGUGAGUGGGCUCAAGUAAGUUUGAGAAACAUUAUUUUUAACUGCAUAUCUAGAAAUAGAACUAAAUGUCAAAAAAUACCUGGCUACCCAGUAUAAUGAUUUAAAACCCCCCACUUUUCUUAGUCUACAUUGUUAAUAGAAGAAUUAUACCUGAACACUGGAAAGGCCAGGAUAUAGAAGACUUCUUGAAAAGAAAGACUUCCAUAGCUUGGGCUUGGUGAUAUCAAAAUUUAUCCGUAGUGGAGAGUCAUGUCGUUGAAUAUUAAACCAAAUCUAAAAAAGACAAGACUAACUUAGCAUAUAUGGCAGCAGAAAUACAUAUGUGUGUGAGUGUGUGUGCGCAUGUGUAGAGAGGAAGCCGACAGCAAGAGAACACACACAUUUUUUGCGCAUUUUGAUUUGUAAAACCAGCGUGCAUUUUAUAAUCAGACAUAAAAUUGUCAUUGGCCAUUUUUUCACAUUUUUUUAUAUCUGAACUUGAGGUGUGCCUUACAUUGAUUGUAGGUUGAUAAAAUAAGAUAGUUCCCGAUAAGAAAAUUUAAACUUUUUGGGAGAGGCUGGCUUUUCUAGCCUCCUAAUUGAGUUAGGUGUGUGUACCUCUUUGCUUCCACAGCAUCUCUGACUAGCACCUGUCUUGUUGAGGCAUGCAGCAUAUUGGUUCUGAACCAGGCCAUUUGUAUUUGAAUUCUGGCCCCAACAUUUACUAACUGUGCGACCUUGGAUGAUUUAUUUAAGUUCUGUGUACCUGUCUUUCCUCCUUUAUAAAACUGGGUAAUAGUACCCACCUCAUAAAAUUGUUGAGAUUAAAUUAAUUUAUCUAUACCUCUUAGAACAAUGCCUGUUACAUAGGUGCUCAAUAAUUGUUUGCUAAUUUUUUAUUAUUAGUGUGUAUCAUUGUUAAUAAUUGCCUACACCUGCCUCCUCACUAGAUAUUACCUUGUCUUAAGGACAAUUGCCAUGUGCUUUAUUCACUAUCUUUAGCAUAUAGCAUAGCUUCUGGUAUAUAGUAGGCAUAUUGAAUGACUGCAUCAGUGGUAAAUUUGUCCAUUCAAUAUAUUUAUCAAGUAUCUUACAUGUGUAGGCUCAGUUUCAGUCACUCGGAACAAAGUAGUGAAUGAAUCGGAGUUUCUACCCUUUUGCAGUAGCUAGUGAGAACAUAGUGUGAACAAAUAAGUAAACAUAUGGGAUUGUCAGAUGAUGUUGCAUGAUGUAGCAGCUUGUUUCAUUGAGCUCAGUUCUUCAUCCCGUCCUAUACUCACACUCUUUGCCAUGUUACUUCGUCUGCAUCUCCUCCCACUGAAAGGGUUGUUGAGAUGUUCCUGCUCCUUGACUUUUGGCCAGCAGAAUGGGACAGAAGUGCCCUUGUGUAACUCUGAAUCUAAGCUUAAGGGGUUCCGUGUGUUCCUGCUUGCCUUCUUGUGCUUCUGUCAUUGUCACUGCCGAGUCCCAGAAUAAACACACACGAAGCACAGCUGUCCCAGCUGACCCACAGAUUCAUGAGAAUAGCUGUCUGAAGCCAUUUAGUUUGGGGAUGGGCUUUUACUAUUUUUACUGUGGCAACAGCUAACCGUGCAAGGGCUGUGGAGAAAACGACACGGGAAGAGAUGUGGAGUUUCAGGGUGGGCAGGGAAAUUCUCCCUGGAAAGAUGACAUGUGAUCAGAAAUGCAAGAAUUGAGGGACAAUAUUCUGAUGAUACCCAGUAAGGGGGAAGGUCAUCUAUGCAGAGGAAAUAGCAGAUGCAAAACCUGCUUGAUGUGUUGAGGAACAGCAAGUUAGAGCAAGUAAGAGGAGAUCUGUGGAGGACGGAGGCUGGUGGGAUGGGAUGCCAGUCAAGUCAAGCCUUGUGGAUUAGUUUAAAGGGUUAGGUAUUUGCUUUGAGAGUGAGCAAGGAAGCCACUGGAGUAUUUUAAGCAGAGGGGGUGACGUAGUCUGCCUUCCAUUCUAACACUAAUAUUCUCUGUUGCUUUGAGACUAUACUGAAGGGGAUAAGGGCAAGUAGUGAAGUUUCCCACUAGGAAGCUAUUUCAAAUAAUCCAGGUAAGAGCUACAGUAGUGUGGACCAAAAUAGAAGCAGUGAAAUUGGUGAGCUAUGGUCAGACUCUGGAUAUACUAUGAAGCCAAUAGGAUUUGCUAAUGAAUUGGUUGUGGGAGAAAGAGGAACCAAAGGUGACUCCAAGGAUUUUGGCCUAAGUAACUGCACUAAAGGAAUUGCUAUUUAUCGAAGUCAGACUGCAAAAGGAAAUUGGAGUUCAAGUUUGGGCACAUCAAGUUUGAGAUAUCUGACAUCUAUAUGAAGAUGUUGAAGAGACAGUUGGAUAUUUCAGUCUGAAGUUCUGGGAGCUAGGUGAGCUAGAGAUACAUUUAGAGAUCAUUAGCAUAUAUAUGUUCCUAGGGAGAAAGUAUAUAUAGCAAAGAUGUUUGACGAACUUGCUUUGAGCUUCUGCUCUUUCAAAUUUGGAGAAAUUAAAAAAAAAAACAAAACAGGAAAGGAUAGAAGUGGCAGUCUGUGAUGUAGGAGGCUUUGAUACUUGGAAUUCAAGAAAUUGUUCUUAAGGCAGGAUCUUUAAGAAUUACAGUUUGGCUGUUGAGUAGGGAAUGUGCAGAAGAGUAGUGGGAAAUAGUGUUGGAAAAGUUGAAGUCAGAUUAUAUAGGACUUUGAAAUACAAGGAGAAAAUUUUAUUCUUAAAUCUCUAUGUAGUGAGGUACUUCUGAUAAGUACUUUUUAAGCCAUAGAAUGAUGAAGCUGAAUGUUCAGAAACUUAAUCAGGUAUUAGUGUACCAAAUAAUGGAUUGAAUUGGAGAGAUUAUUUAUUUAUAGUAAUGCAGGGUGAAGCAAUAACGGCAUGGCCUGGGAAACAGAACAGGUAGAACUUAUAUGACUUGGUAUCUGUUAAUAGGAUUGAAAUAGGAGGAAGUAAGGGAGAGAGAAAAUCAAGGACCAUUCUGAAGUGUGAAUCUGGGUAAUUGACAUCCAUAGAAACGGGAAGCCAGGAGGAGGAGGAGCUGGUUUUGGAGACAAGGGGGAAAAGACUGGAGUUUUGGGUGUGCCAAGUUUGAGAUUUUGAUAAAGCAGUUAGGAGUCUGGAAGUCAGUUGAAAAUUCAGGAUCCAAGGAUUUUGGGGCUAGUGACAGGAUUAUAACUUCUCUGCCAGGGUAACCUAGAUAGAGCUACAAUUAAUAAUGAUAGGUAUGGUACUGUAAGAAAUCUAAAUAUAGAAUCUUCAGGAACAUCUACUUUUAAGGGGUAAGAAGAGCUAGUGAAAGAAAACUAAGAAACUUGCAGAGAAAAUGAAAACCAAACAGUCCUUUAUCUGUAAACCAAGGAGGGGGAAGUGUUCUUUUCAUGAAAAGGGUAUUAGUCAUGUCAUGUGCCAUAGAAAAGGAGAGGAGAAUGAGGAAUGAGAAUAAACCAUUGGAUUUAUUUAUCCAUUAGCAAAACAAUGGUGCUUCUCAGAGUCAGGGGAAGAGGAGCUAGAUUAUUAAAAGGGUUAAAGUCUGAAUGUACUGAGAAUGUAGAAGCAGGGGAUAUAAUUAGUAAUUGAAUCAUUUUGGAAGCAAAGGAAAGAGGCUCAAUGGUACAAGCACACCUCUGAGAUAUUGUGGGUUUGGCUCCAGACCACUGUGAUAAAGUAAAUGUCACAAUAAAGCAAGUCAAAUGAGUAUUUUCGUUUCCCAGUGCAUAUGAAUGUUAUGUUUACACUAUACUGUAGUCUAUUAAGUGUGCAAUAGCAUCAUGCCUAAAGAAACAAUGUAUAUAUCUUAAUUAAAAAUAUUGCUAAAAAAUGCUAACCAUCAUCUGGGCUUUCAGCAAAUUAUAAUCAUCGAUCACAGAUCAUCAUAACAAAUAUAAUAAUAAUGAAAAAGUUUGAAAUAUUGCAAGAUUUACCAAAACAUGAUACAGAGACACAAAGCGAGCAAAUGUUGUUGGAAAAUGGCACUGACUGACUUGCCUGGCAGAGAGUUGCCACAAACCCUCAAUCUGUAAAAAACAUAGUACUGUGAAUGUAAUGGAGCUUCUUGUUUCUUGAGGUAGGCCUGUAUUGCUAUAAACUUGCCUCUUAGAAUAGCUCUUACUGCAUCCCAAAGAUUUUGUUUGUCAUUUUCAUAUGUCUCCAUGUAUUUUUUAAUUUCCUUUAAAAAAAUAUUUUUAGUGUGUAUUUAUUUUUUGAGACAGAGCAUGAGUGGGGGAGGGGCAAAGAGAGAGGGAGUCAGAUUCUGAAGCAGGUUCCAGGCUCUGAGCUGUCAGCACAGCUGACAUGAUGGGCUCAGAGCCCAUCAUGGGGCUUGAACUCACAAACUGCGAGAUCAUGACCUGAGCUGAAGUCGGACACUUAACCAACUGAGCCACCCAGGUGCCCCUUUAAUUUCUUCUUUGAUGUCAUGGUUCAACCAUUCUUUGUUUAGUAACAUUUUAUUUAGCCUCUAUGUAUUUGUGUUUUUUCCAGAUUUUUUUUCUUGUGAUUGAUUUCUAAUUGCAUAACCACUGUGGUCAGAAAAGAUGUAUCAUAUGAUCUCAGUCUUUUUGAAUUCAUUAAGACUUGUUUUGUGGCCUAACACAUCUAUCCUGGAGAAAGUUCCAUGUGUACCUAAAAAGAAUGUGUAUCCUGUUGUUUUUGGAUGGAAUGCUCUGUAUAUAUGUUAGGUCCACUUGGUUUAACGUGUCAUUCAAAGCCACUGUUUCCUUGCUGAUUUUCUGCCUGGAUAAUCUAUCCAUUGAUAUAAGUGGGGUGUUAAAGUCCCCUACCAUUAUUGUAUUACUGUCAAUUUUUUUCCCCUUAUGUCUGUUAAUAGUUGCUUUAUGUAUUAAGGUGCUCCUAUCUUGGUUGCAUAGAUUUUUACAACUGUUAUAUCCUCUUCUUAGACCAUUCCCUUAUAUAGCAUUCUUUGUCUCUUGUUAUAGUCUUUAAAGUCUAUUUUGUCCAAUAUAAAUACUACUACCCCAGCUUUCUUUUAAUUUCCAUUUGUAUGGUAAAUGUUUUUCCAUCCCUUCCUUUCAGUCUUCACGCAUCUGUCAGAAAAAAUCAUUUGAGCAUGCUUCCCCAUGGUAUGUUAUUUUUAUGCUAGCUUCUAAAGAAGCUAGAAAGAGAAGAACAAAAAAGUCCAAAGCCAGUAGAAGAAAGGAAAUCAUAAAGAUCAGAGCAGAAAUAAAUGAAAAAGAUAAAAAAAAAAGAAAAAAGAAACCAGGAGGUGGUUCUUUGAAAAGGUAAACAAACAAUUGAUAAACCUUUAGCCAGACCCAUCAAGGGGAAAAAAAAAAAAAAAAAAAAAAGGACUCAAAGUCAGAAAUGAAGGAAGAGAAAGAACAACUGACCAUAGAAAUUAUUUUAAGAGAAUAUUAUGAAAAAUUAUAUACCAACAAACUGGACAACUUAGAAGAAAUGGAGAAGAAAUGGAUAAAUUCCUAGAAAUAUGUAACUUAAAACUAAGUCAGGAAGAAAUAUAAAAUUUGAACAUACCAAUUACUAGCAAUGAAAUUGAAUUAGUAGUCAAGAAACUAACAAAAGUUUAGGACCAGAUGGCUUCACAGGUGAAUUCUACCAAACAUUUAAAGAAGAGUUAAUACCUACUCUUUUCAAACUAUUCCAAAAAAUAGAAGAGGAAAGAAAGCUUCCAAAUUCAUUUUACAAGGCCAGCAUUACCCUGAUACCAAAAUCAGACAAAGACACCACAAAAAGAGAAAACUACAGGCAAGUAUCUCUGAUGAACAUAGAUGCAAAAAAUCCUCAACAAAAUAUCCUCAAACCAAAUAAAAAAUAUAUUUAGAAAGUCAUUCACCAUGAUCAGGUGGGAUUUAUUCUAAGGAUGCAAGGGUGGCUCAAUAUUCACAAAUUAAUCAACAUAAUACAUCACAUUAACAAGAAAAAGGAUAAAAACCAUAUGAUCAUCUCAACAGAUGAAAAAAAAGCAUUUGGCAAAGUACAACAUCCAUUCAUGAUAAAAACUCUCAACAAAGAUUUAGAGGGCACAUGCCUCAACAUAAUAAAGGCCAUAUAUGAAAAACCCAAAACCCACAUGAUACUCAAUGGUGAAAAAACUGAGAGCUUUUCUUCUAACAUCAGGAACAAGGCAAAGAUGUUCACUUUCACCACUUUUAUUCAACAUAGUACUGGAAGUCCUAGCCAUAGCGAUCAGACAAAAAGAAAAGGCAUCCAAAUUGGUAAGGAAGAAAUAAAACUUUCACUAUUUGCAGAUGACAUAAUGCUAUAUAAAGAAAACCCUAAAGAUUCUACCAAAAAACUCCUAGAACUGAUAAAUGAAUUCAGUAAAGUUGCAGGAUAGAAAAUUAAUAUAAAGAAAUCUGUUACAGUUCUAUACACUAAUAAUGAAAUAGCAGAAAGAAAUUAAGAAAAUAAUCCUAUUUACAAUUGUACUAAAAAUAAUAAAAUAUGUAGGAAUAAACUUCACUAAGGAGGUGAAAGACCUGUACUCUGAAAACUAUUAAACAUUGACAAAAGAAAUUGACACAAACAAAUGGAGAAAUAUUCCCUGGUCAUAGAGGGAAGAACAAAUAUUGUUAAAAUGUUCAUACUAGCCAAAGCAAUCUACAGAUUUAAUGCAAUCCCUAUCAAAAUACCAAAGCAUUUUUCAUGGAACUAGAACAAAUCCCAAAUUUGUAUGGGACCACAAAAGACCCCGAAUAGACAAAGCAAUCUUGAAAAAGAAGAACAAAACUGGAGGUAUCACAAUCCCAGAUAUCAAGAAAUACUACAAAGUUGUAGUAAAGCAGUAUGGUAUUGGCCCAAAAAUGGACACGUAAAUCAAUAGAACAGAAUAGAGAGCCCAGAAAUAAACCCAUGCUUAUAUAGUCAAUCUUCUAAAAGGAGGCAAGAAUAUGCAAGGGGAAAAACAGAUGGUGUUGGGAAGACAUGCAAAAGAAUGAACUGGCCCACUUUCUUACACCACACACACAGAAAAAAAACCUCAAAAUAGGUUAGAGGUCUAAUAUGAGACCUGAAACCACAAGAAUCCUAGAAGAGAGAACCAGUAGUAAUUUCUCUGAAAUUGGCUGUAGCCACAUUUUUCUGGAUAUGUCUCCCGAGAGAAGGGAAACAAAGGCAAAGAUAAAAUACUGAGACUACAUAAAAAAAAACAAAAACAACAAAAAACAAAACCCGUACAGCAUAGGAAACAACAAAACUAAAGGACAACCUAUAGAAUGAGAGAAGAUAUUUGCAAAUGACAUAUCCGAUAAAGGGUAAGUAUCCAAAAUACAUAAAGAAAGAACUUAUAUGACUCAGCACCAGAAAACAAAACAAAACCCCAAGUAAUCCAAUUAAAAAAUGGUCAGAAGACAUGAACAUUUUUCCAAAGAAGAUCUACAGAUGGCCAACAAACAUUUGGAAGGACUUCCAGUAUCACUAGUCAUCAGGGAAAUGCAAAUCAAAACCACGAUGAGAUAGCACCUCACACCUGUCAGAAUGACUCAAAUCAAAAAUCUAAGAAACAAGCGUUGACAAAGAUGUGGAGCAAAAGGAAUCCUUGUGCACUCUUGGUGGGAAGGCAAAGUGGUGCAACCACUGUAUGACUGUAUGGAGACUUCUCAAGAAAUUAAAAAGAAUUGCCAUAUCCAGUAAUUCCACUACAGGGUAUUAACCCAAAGAAUAUGAAAACACUAAUUCAAAAAGAUAUAUGUACCCCUAAGUUUAUUAUAGCAUUAUUUACAGUAGCCAAAUUAUGGAAGCAGCCCAAGUGUCCAUCGAUAGAUGAAUGGAUAAAGAAGUAUUUAUGUACAAUAGAAUAUUACUCAGCCAUAAACCUUGCCAUUUGCUAUGACAUGAGUGGAGCUAGAGAGUAUAUAUGGUCAGAGAAAGACAAAUACCACAUGGUUCCACUCAUAUGUGGAGUUUAAGAAACAAAAAAAGCAAAGGGAAAAAAAAUAAGAGAUCGAGAGACAAAUUCUUAAUUGUAGAGAACAAACUGAUGACUACCAGAGGGUAGGUAGGUGGGGGAUGGGUGCAAUAGGUGAUAGGCAUUAAGGAGUGCACUUGUGAUGAACACAAGGUGAUGUAUGGAAGUGUUGAAUCACUAUAUUGUACACAAGAAACUAAUAUCACACUGUAUGUUAACUAAUUAAAUACUUGAAAUAAUAAAAAUGUUUCUAAAGUAAAAAAUAUCUUCUAUAAAUAUAGUACAUUUGUGUUUCAUGAUACGCUAUUUGAACAUUAAAAAAAAAAAAAAAAAAAAA